AUGGGAUCCACAGGUUUUAUCAAAAACCGCACCACCCCGAAGGUGUCUGAUAGAGCUUUACAUUAUCUUAUUGAAAGCAAGGCCAAGUUCUCUUACAACUGCUGCUCUGGAAAAUUCUCCCAUUCUCUGGGCAGCUGUGUACGCUACCCAGGCUCCUUCUGGGGCUCUUCCUCCCAUAGUCACCUGGUCUACAGCACUGGUCUCUGCUCUUCCAGCACCUGCCAGCUGGGGCCCUCUCUCUACAGGGGCUAUCAGGAGACCUGCUGUAAGCCCAACAGCUACCAGCCCUCUUGUGUGGUGUCCAACCCCUCCCAGACUUACUGCUACUGUCCAAGGACCUCCACGCUCUACAGUUCCUGCCAGACGACUUACACUGCGUCUCUGGGCUUUAGUUCCAGAAGCAACUGCUCCCUAGACUAUAGAUCCAGAAGACGUUACCCACUGAGCUGUGGAUCCAGUGACUUCAGACCCCUGAGUUAUAGCACGUGUGGUUUCCCUUCCCUGGCCUAUAGAUCCAGAAGUUGCUACUCACAGGGCUGUAGAUCCACUGGCUUCAGGCCCUUGGGUUAUAGAGUCUGUGGUUUCUGUUCCCUGGGCUAUGGAUCCAGAUUCUGCUGCCCAACCUACUUUUCUUCUAGAAGUUUCUGA